AGCAGAGUAAACCCAAGCAGAGGACAAGGAAGAAGAGCACCAGGAAGCGCAAGACACAGGGAACAACGGCGACCCAGCUGUUGUCCGGUCCAUCAUGUUGUCCUUCACUAGAGUUCCUCGUGUUUCUUCACACAUUUUUCUCCUCGUGAACCCGCAGCUUCACGUGGCGACGGCGCAGAGCUCGAGGAGCCUCUGUCCCCAGCUCACGAGCGUGUCUCACCUCCCGGGGCUUCGUUCGUUCACUACGCACACGCUGCCGGGCCGCGCUGUCACCUGUCACCCGCCGAACAGAUAUCUGACCUCAGGUUUUCUGUGUCAGUGGUUUGAGAGCAGAGUUGGUGGAGACAAGUGGAGGAGGAACAUCCAACUGACCACUCCAAGGCUGGAGAACCUCACCCCUGUGCAGAUAAGUGAGCUGUCUGAAGCAGCGUACGAGAAGCUGGCGGACGAGACUCUGGAUGCUCUGGCUGAUUACUUCGAGGACCUUACAGAUGAAGCUUUCACCGGAGCUGACUACGACGUCGUCUUCUCUAGUGGAGUGCUGACUGUGAAGGUGGGCGGGGACCACGGCACCUAUGUCAUCAACAAACAGACACCAAACAAACAGAUCUGGCUUUCUUCUCCCACCAGUGGACCGAAGCGCUAUGACUGGACAGGUGAAAACUGGGUGUACAUUCAUGAUGGUAUUAGCCUCCACCACCUGCUCUCCAAAGAGUUCUCCAUCAUCUACAAUAAGAAAAUGGACCUCUGUGAUCUGCCCUACUCUUGAGAGCCUCACCUGGAAUCACCUGUCUGUAGUAAAUCUAUUGUGAGUCACUGAACUGUUCGAUCACAUUGGAGCCAAAGACACAAAGUAUUUAGUGUAUGUACAACUCCACAGUACUUUACCAGCAUCAGCCCAUAAUGACAGUCAUCUGCGUGUGAGCUGCUCUGUUGUUAUCUGUAUCCUCUCUAGUAAAAAUCUAUUUCAUGACAAUGUCACAGUUUCACGAAACCCAUGUGGAAUUCAUCCACAUUCAGUCUCCAUGUAAACUCCUCAGUGUCCCUCACCGUUUCCAUGGCAAUCGGUGUUUUCACAUCCGACCGAUACUGUGGUUGAGAAGUUGACAACACCGUAGGCCCCAACAACACUCCAGUUUCUCAACAGUGCUGGAAACCUGUCAGAUGUCGGCUGACGGACAGUUCGUCCCCAUGUUGCUGAUUUGUAUUUAUUUUAUUUGAGUCACCAUGUAAAUGUAAAUAAGAUAGUGUUACUAUUUGAUGCAUUUGACCUGAGUUGGCUUCAAGCUCAUUUUCAUCUGCAGCGACAGAACAGCACUCAUCAAACAUAAUACACAGCAGUAGGUCACACAAGCACACACACACUCCACGUGUGUGUUAGUCAAAUUAAAAUCAGGAACGUUUGUACACAGAGCAGAUUAUUCAGCACAGAGCACACUGGUUGCUGUUCAUAUACAGCACCCUGAAAGACAACAGUACAAGUCUACAUUAGAUUAGCUCUGCCAGGUUGUAGCGUCCCUGUUAAAGUGGAGAGAUUUGGUCGAAAGAUGAAGUGAUUGUAGUGGAAACUAAAAUCCCUCAUGUUGAGAUCUGCAGCUUCUAUAAGAAAAAUAAGUUUUUCUACCAGACGCAGGAACAGUGUUGUGUUUCCUCUCUGAUCUCCAUAAACAAUCUGGGUCCCUCUUUUUAACUUUAUUAAUAUUUUUUAGAAUCAUUUUCCUUCUGCCUUGUCCAUUAUAUGAGUAUUCAAUAAAAGAUUUCAAUCCAA